AAGUGAUUCAUAACGUCAUGUGUGUGCGCGCGUCGUUCACUGGUUAGCGGAAUCACUACACGCACUUUCUUUUAGUUAGUGGAGCAUAGCUGAUCAAAUAGAAAUGGAUGAUACUAGUCUUGAUAGUUUAAUCUUGAAACUGGUCGACAUCCAAGCCGUCAAAUUUGGUACUUUCCAACUAAAGAGUGGACUCACUUCGCCGAUAUAUUUUGAUCUUAGAGUAAUAGUUUCCCAUCCAGCGUUGAUGAACCAGGUGGCAGAUCUUCUUCAUAAGCGCGCUGAGGAUGCAGGAGUUGAGUUUGAUAGUGUGUGUGGAGUCCCUUACACAGCUCUUCCUCUGGCCACCAUCAUCUGCUCUACCAAACACUAUCCUAUGCUUAUUCGACGAAAGGAGGCAAAGGGUUAUGGAACAAAACGUCUCAUUGAGGGAACCAUGCACCCCGGUGACAGAUGUCUAAUAGUAGAGGAUGUUGUGACCAGUGGCAGCAGUGUUCUAGAAACUGCUGAGGUUCUUGAGAAGGAAGGCCUGAAGAUCACGGAUGCUGUCGUGUUAGUGGACAGAGAGCAGGGAGGCAGUGCCAGGCUAGCUGACCGUGGCAUCACUCUACAUUCAGUCAUUUCUGUCUCCAGACUUCUGGAUGUGUUACUUAAAGCUGGCCGAAUAGACACGGCCACUUCUCAAAACACUAAGAGGUUCUUUCAAGAAAAUAACACCUACAUAUCAAUAAAGGAGAAUGGCUCCUCAGCUCAUAAAAAGAGCUGUAAGGAGCUCAGCUAUGGGGCUCGUGCUGCAUUCCCAGACACUCACCCUCUCGCCACCCGCCUGCUGAAGAUCAUGGAGGACAAGAAGACCAAUCUGUGUGUGUCUGCAGAUGUGACUCGUUCUGAGGAGCUGCUGGAGAUGGCUGAUAUGCUGGGGCCACUGAUUUGCGUGUUGAAGACUCAUGUGGACAUCCUCCAGGACUUCACUGCAGAUGUCGCCAGCGGUCUGAAAGAGUUGGCUUUAAAGCACAACUUCCUGAUUUUUGAGGAUCGCAAGUUUGCAGACAUUGGGAACACGGUCAAGCAUCAGUAUGAAGGCGGUCUCUAUCGGAUCUCCUCAUGGGCACACAUCAUUAAUGCUCACGCUUUGCCGGGUCCGGGUGUGCUGCAGGGUCUCGGGGCUGUUGGCAAGCCUCUGGGUCACGGCUGUUUGCUCAUUGCUCAGAUGAGCUCCCAGGGUUCCUUGGCGACAGGAGAUUACACUCAAGCAGUGGUCAAGAUGGCUGAAGACCACACUGAUUUUGUGUUUGGAUUUAUAAGUGGAUCAAAGAUCAGUGAAAAGCCCGGAUUGGUUCACAUGACUCCAGGAGUGCAAAUGCAGACGGGAGAGGAUGGACUUGGACAGCAGUAUUCAAGUCCAUUAGAUGUGAUCUGCACUAAAGGCUCUGAUAUCAUCAUUGUGGGACGAGGUAUUCUUGCCAGCACAGAUCGGCUCAGAGCUGCAGAAGAAUACAGAACUGCAGGCUGGGAGGCAUAUCUGAAAAGACUCUCACAGGACGGCUAAUGAAUCACGCAGGAAAGAGAACAAAAAAAAUUGGGGCAAGCUGAACCAUGUCUAGUCUAGCUUGGUCAUUCCAUCCACUUGAAUACAAACCUGAUUCUGAUUACUCCCUGCAUUUUUUGUACACUUAGUAAUAAAAUUGUCGUUUAAAAAAUGUCAGUCAAAAUCUCAUUUUUUUAAUAUUUGUAGUAUUUUAAACAAAAGACUGGGGUUUAUGUUUCUCUGUCAUGUACAUCGAGCUGGAUCUGACCUGUUGGUGGAAAUAAGCCAAGAUAUGGAGGUGUAAGGUUUAGGUCUGGGGCACAGGAAAAACACCAAUACUGCAAAAUAUUAUUAUAAAUAUACAAUAAAAUAUAAUUUAUUUCUGUGAUGGCAAAGCUGAAUUUUCAGCAGCCAUUACUACAGUUUUCAAUGUCUUUAAGAGAAAAACAAAUUCUGAUCAAUAAACUUUCCUUAUCAAUGUUGCAAACAUUUGUGCUUUUUUCUUUUCAGGAUUUUUUGAUUAAUAGAAAGAUCAGAAGAACAGCAUUUAUGAUCAAGCAUUUUUUAUCAAACUAAACUUGUUCUUAAUAAAAGUAUUUGUUUCUGUUAA